UUUUACUGAUACACGAAUUAAUUCAACAAUGAGAAUGAACAGUUUUUUUUUGUUCACUAGCGCAAUGAGCCUCGUGCAUGGAUGGAGAUAACCCAAUCUGGGUCUCUGAAAUAAAUACCUAUUGAGGCGAUGGUCACAGAGUAGUCAAAUAUUUGCGUGACACGCUGUCAAAAGAAAUGAAGGCUUUACUGCCUCUGAAAUACCCAUCGCUCUCUGAGACAACAACCCAAUGAUUGACUGCUAUGGACACUUUAUAAUCCGACUAAUAGCUAAACAGAUAUACAUGGGAUAUUUGACAUGAAUCUAAUGGUAACGGUUUGACCCCUUUUUUUGGGUCAAUUCACAGAACAAUUCCUAUUUGUCUCCGACUGAUUUGAUUAAGAUAAAGGGCAAUGCAAUUUAGCUUACAAUAAUAGUAUUUAAGUAACUGUGGAUUAAUAUGCAUAAAUUUGUGCAUGCAUGGAUUUACAAAAUGUUGAAGUUGGAAGGGGAAAAAAAAUAUGCAACGCUUUAGUGGGGAGGACCCAUGACAAACAUUUGAUAAUGGUGACUAAUAGAAAUGAAUAACAUAGAAGCAGUAAAAUGGCGUUGGUGGAAAUGUUAAUGAUAUCACAUCGCAGCUCAGUUCCUUUAAUGAUGUAUGUGAAUGUGUAGGUCUAAUGUAGGCUUAAUGACAUGCACAAAACACGACAGCAUAGCAAAUAGCACAGACGACCGGGCGACCAGUGGACGUUGUUAGUUUUUAAAUAUAUAUGUGUAGCUUUUUUUCCUAUUGUGCUCAUAGAUAAUCACCAACUUUUACGCAAAAUCAACUAUUAUGCAUAAGUUAACAAACUUUUACGCAUACGUUGACAUGCUUAAUACCCCAAUGCUUACUGACAAUAAUUUCCCCUUUAAAGUAAAUCAUAUGUUGCAUACAUAUUUAGUAUGUUUUCAGACAUACAUUCUUCAACACACACGUUAUAGUAUUUUUUGUUGCCCGCCGAGCAAACUUACAGCCUUCCUCCUAAAAAUGGGAUGGAACAUCAUGGACCUUCACGUAUUGGUUCAAAAAAAGUCUUACGAGUGGAGAGGAAAAACGUGAUUAACUCCCAUCUUCUAACAUAAUAAUUAAAAACAUUCUAAAUUCGUUUUAUGAUUUAAGGUAUAGUUUAAAAGUAGUGUGGUCACUGGGUUGUUGAUUUGAUAGCAGUGAAUAAUCAAUAAGAUUAACUUUUAUGUUUUCGACAGCCGUUUCCUUCACCAGUGGACGGCCCUCUCUCAGAGUAUCAUUGCCAAGUAUAACUCAUAUUUUAGCAAGUCUUAUUUUGGGCUUAAAUCUCUACCACUCUUGCCUUGUUCUGCGCUGUUCAUCAGGCGCCACCUCCCGUUUCCCCGAUCCGCUCCCGUUCAGGUUCUCAAUCCGACAUGGCUCUGUUGCGAAAUUAGCCCGUAUCAUAACAACAGGUCGGUUCCAUUACUUUUCCCCGGGACAAUGGACGGCGUCGCCCCUAUUCACUAAUACACAGAAACCGAUCCCGCGACGAAGAGGAGGAAGCGCAGCGAGCAAGGAAGGUUGUUGCGGUGCGGAGCACGUAUAAAAUAUGUUUCUUUAUCUUAUCGUAUCUUUUUUGGCAUUUGAGUGAUGCGUAAAAACUCCCCAACUCGGAUAAUUGCUUUAGAGAAAGGGACUAGUCUAUGUUUGAAAAUAUUUUCGCUACUACCACAUUUGCUAACUGUACCUAAAGGCUACAUUUUAUGAAUUUCAAUGACAUUGUAUUUUCGUAAGUUGUGAAGCUGUAUCUGCCUAUUUAUUGUUAUCUGUAGCCUACAACAUUUUUACUGGGGCUACUUUGCCUUUAGGCCUACUUUCCCUGACUAUUGUAGGUGUUGUUUGCUUAUAGCAAAACUUGGGUACAUUGCGAUUCCAUAACUCUUAGUCAGACAGUAGAAGAUAUGACAGCUAUACCUAACGGUUUAACUUUUGAAGUUUAAAGUACAAUAACCUUUGCAAUACAAAUACAUCUUUCUCUUCCAAGUGUUGCCUGAGGCUCGGCGCAGGCGCUCUGGCUGCUUGCUGUCACUAAAACAAUUUUCUUCACAUUGGAAACUGUCACAAGUGACGUCAAUCACGGGGCUCUGACCAAUUAGAAGGCGGGGUGAUUGUUUAGCUCCACGGGCUGCAGCGCCUACCAUGAAUCUCUAUUCACUAUCAAAGCGUCCUGCUGCUGCCGGCCAACCGAAUGCGAUUCCAUGCAGACACUUUAGAACUUAGAACACUUUUUUUCCUUCUAUAUUUUAGUUUUUUUUUCUAUAUUUUAGUUUUUUUUCUAUAUUUUAGUUUUUUUCUGUAUUUUUCAUUGCGAUUAAAAUAUAUUUGUCAUCAUCAUUAUUAUUUUGCAUGCUGUCAAGUUAUUCUAGAAUUAGGAGUAAUGAGCAUGGAUGUUUUGGGAAACCAUGUGAUGUACCCUACGAUUUCCAAACGGAACACGGCGCUGAGAUUAGUUGACUUGGCAGGGGCGUACCACCAUCACCAUCAUCACCACCAUACCCCUCAGAGCGUGACAGGCUUCCCGGGGUUCAGCAGCCAUCCACACUCAAUGGCUCACUCGCACCCUGGGGAGAUUACUGCGGAACCCCGCCUGGGGCCGAGUCCAUUCGGGCCAGAACACAUGGGGCACUCCGCGGCCCUCAAAAUCAGCCCAGCCCAUCAUUACCCACACCACCAUCACCACCACAAUCAUCAUAUGGCAGGCCACAGUGAAGUGGUCUCCAGUCAAACGGGAGCUUUUGGCCCGGUGCAGGCGGCUCCAGUCCCCUAUUCCAUGUCCCACACGGCCCAGGCGUUAUCCGCAGCCACAGGUAGCUAUCCGGGACACUACGGCCAUCACCCUGAUGCUGGUAGCCAUGCCCUCUUCUCCGGACUCCACCAUGAGCAGUCUUCUAGCGGAGCACCAGGUGGCCAGGCCAUGAAUGGACAAAUAAGGUUAGGAAUACCUAGCGAAAUGUACGUUAGGUCUGAUCAUUUGAGUCAAGUGGCGAGCUCCAGGGCUGAUCCGUUCUCCGCCUCGACAUUACAUGGCUACGGCGGUCUGAACCAUCUGAACAUGAACCUCAGCGCCCACCACCACGGAGCCGGUGCAUUCUUCCGCUACAUGAGGCAGCCGAUAAAGCAAGAACUAAUCUGCAAGUGGCACGAACCGGAACACUCGGCGAAAAAACUCUGCUCCAAAACUUACGGCACGAUGCACGAGCUGGUAACGCAUGUGACGGUUGAUCACGUCGGUGGCCCGGAGAUGGCUAACCAUAUCUGCUUCUGGGAAGAGUGUCCGAGAGAAGGAAAACCGUUCAAAGCCAAAUACAAACUGGUAAAUCAUAUCAGAGUGCACACCGGAGAGAAACCAUUUCCAUGUCCCUUCCCCGGCUGUGGAAAAGUGUUUGCCCGAUCGGAGAACCUGAAGAUCCACAAGAGGACUCACACAGGUGAGAAACCCUUCAAAUGUGAGUUUGACGGCUGCGACCGACGUUUCGCCAACAGCAGUGACCGGAAGAAGCACUCCCACGUGCACACCAGCGAUAAGCCGUACAACUGCAAAGUGAGAGGCUGUGACAAAUCCUACACACACCCCAGCUCUCUCAGAAAACACAUGAAAGUGCACUGCAAGUCUCCACCACCAAGUUCUGGCUACGAGUCUUCAACUCCGUCAUUAGUGUCCCCAUCAUCGGACUUAGGCCGAGAGCCAGGGGCCUCGUCGCUCUCAGAACCAGCACCCUCGUCCCAACCCGCCAAUUUAAGUGAGUGGUACGUCUGUCAUAGUUCUGGUGCGAGCGGAACUCAGACACCUCCCAGCGGCUCCUCCAGCCCUGAUCCCGGGGAUGAGACGCACUACAGACACCCGGAGCCAAGGGACGCUUUCUAACCAAAACUGGCCCAGAAAAUCAUUCUAAAAGUUAUUGAAGAUAUUUUCCAAUAUACCCGCGGACUUACAAAAUUAACACAUCGAAAAGGUCUGUUUUCUAAGGCCCAAAUCAUUCAAUGUACUGUCUGGCAUAUCGGACAAAUUAGACACUGCCAAAUGUAUCUUGUGAUAGCUCUCUUCUAUCCCAAUGUGUUUGGAAAAACAUGUAUUAUUCUCGUACUCGGUUAUUGUACGCAUGUAUUUUGCUCUAUUCCUUUGUAAAUCGAGUUUUGACUUCAAUAUCUUUUUAAUUUAUUUUUUGAAUCUGACAUGAGCAUUUUUGUAUUAUCGAACCAAAGUGUUUCAAUAUAUUAAAAAAAUGUAUAUUUGUAAAUUGAUACGUUUCGAUGUGGAGGUGGUAACAGUCAUUUUGUAAGCUUUGGUAUUUCAGCAAUUUAUUUUUAUUGUUUGCUACACUUAUUUGUAUAAAUUAAAUAAUUGAAACGUUUCGAGUUUCACGCAAGAAAAUGUGUCUCCAUUUGUGAUGGUCUACUCUAUUGAUUGACUCGUUUUCAUAGUCUAUUUGAUAUUAUUACAUUCAAUUCAUAAAUGUUUUGUCAACGUGGGCAUUUUGUGAUUUUGUAAUUCUUGUCAAUAUUUGUUAGUAAUGCAUUUUUAUUAAAAUGUGAUCCUAUCGAGAAAAUACACUCGAAAUGUGUACCAAACUGCCUUGUAAUUUGUCAGUAUUUUGAAUAAAUCGUGUAUGAUAAAAAAUGUAA